AGGAAGUGGAGCACACAUGUUUGGGGAAACAUGGCUGCGCCCUGAGGAGGGAUGUUAGUAAUGUCACUGUGUUCUGUUUAACCCUAAAGCUCGUGAUUUAGGACACGGCCCGCAGUGAAACACGGGGAUAAACUGUGAUAAACUCUGUAAUAAUGUUUAAGACGGCGGUCUGCAGCUCGGCGGCUCCCGCGGCGGCGGUGUGGAGCAGUUUCCCCCGCAGUUUGUCCCUCAGUGCGGCUGUCUGCAUCGCCCGAGCUCCGCGCCAGAAGCCCCGGGAGCGCCCCCACAUAGCCGGGCUGCAGCGCGUCACCUACGCCGAGCGCAUGCACUAUGUGCCCGGCCUGGCCAAGCCGGAGUUCCCGCCCUGGGAGCAGGGCUGGAGGAAACCGGGGUACCAGAGAUCACCCAAACCCGAACAGAUGGAGCUCCACAAAGACCAGCCCUGCUACAUCUACAACCAGAGGACCAACCCACUGGAAGGUGUGAGACAGACCCUGUGGCUCACUAAAGCUAAACUCGUGGAGGGUUUACCUGCUCAGAUUCUAUCGUUAGCGGAGGAUCCGGCCAAUCAGAUCCAAGAUCAGGAUGAGCGAGUGCAGAACGCCAUCAAACACGCCCGCUUCUGGGACACCACAGAGAUCCGGCCUCCCAGAGAGCGGUUCUGUCCGUCUCUGCUGAACAGUCUGCUGCACCUGUGUGGAGGCCUGCAGGUAACUCACCCCAGCCUGGGCGGGAGGAUGCUGGCAGAUAAAUACAGCCUGGCGGCUUCCUGGAGCCGAGGUGAGGAUUUAUUUCAGAUCCGGGGACAGAACGGGUUCCUGUUAAACAGCAUGACGCCGCUCCCGGCUCUGGCCGGACAGGAGGAGGUCCGAGCUACAGCUGAUCACGUCCUGGAGACCUUCUACCCCAUCUCCCCCACCAUCGACCUGCAGUGCACUCACGUCUACGACCAGAAGAGCUCCACCGGUUUCAGAGAGGACUACCCUUACCCUCACGCUCACACUCUGUUCUUGAUGGAGCCUGGAAACGGCCCCAAGCUGUUCCCAGAGCAGCUCCGCGCCAAGAUGGUCAUGUUCACGUUCGGGAACGCGCUGGCACGAGCUCAAGCCCUUUACGGAAACGAGCCCAGAGUUCUGGAGAAGCCGAUCGUGGUGCAGAGCGUGGCCACCAACGGCCGCAUCUUCCAGUUUGUGGUGUUCCAGCUGAACACCACGGCGCUGGAGUCUGACGAUGGUGUGAAGAACAUGGUGUGGGUGGAUUCUGACCAGCCUCUCUACGACUACGCCAAGGUCCGGCCUUUAAUCAAGAAGAAGCAGGUGAAGGUUCCUGCUGGUCUAUCAGGAUAUCAUCCCGACACCUUCAAGAAGUUCCUGGCUCUCUACCUGCAUGGAGCUGCAUGAUCAUCCUGCACACCAGCCUUUAUUUACUGUAUAUUUAAUAUUUUACACUCAGAACUCUCCUAAACAGAGGAAAAUAAAAAAAAUAUAAAAAGAAA